CCAUAUGGAGAUUUGAACAGUUGUCUUCAUGAAUAUAAAUCCGGUGUGUCGCCAGUCAUCUCACUCGGUCAGGUGUUAAGAGGUUCACUGUUUAAUUUGUUUGUAAGAAGAGUCAAAGAAUUUAUUACUCCUGUAUUGAAGUUCACCAACAGCAAGCCUUCCUGUGCACAAUUUGUUAAUAGAACAGAGGAGGAGGAAACAAUACUGGUACCUGGACACCACACGAUGGCUUGUGAAUUACAGGUGGACUACAGAGAGGAGAAGGGGCAUCCCACGUGAUGGUGUAUCAUAGGUUGGACAGCGGCAGUUCGAGCUCUGCUGCCUUCCAACAGGAGUCCGAGGCUCCCAGAGACGCCGGAGAAGACUCGGGGGGACCACCAGGCGGACCUGAAGAGGGAGGGUCUUUUCCAGAACGACGGCAGUCAUGGGAAGGGAUGGAUGAUGAUAGGGGACCAGGAAAUUACAGAACAAGAGAAGGUCGAUACUCUGAACGUUCGAGGUCACGAAAUGGUAGAGAUGAGAGGUUUCCAAGGAGUGGAUUUAGAUCUAGAGACAAUCGUUAUUACAAUCGAUCACGUUCAAGGGACAGAAGGGGGGGCAAUGUAAGGGAGCGUGAAAGAAUUGAUGACAGGUUUUAUGACAGUCCUAAAUAUGUUGAUAGGCAAAGGUAUCGUGAAUCAUCACGCUACCACAGAGAAUCCAGGUCAGGUGAAGGAUAUGAAGAAAGUUCUCGAUACAUCGAAAAAUCGAGAUACUCGGAAGAGUCAAGGCAUUUUGAAGAUUCAAGAUACAAUGAUUCCAGAUAUCGUGAUGAUCAGAGAUGUUCAGAAGACAGUAGGGGCCCAGAUGGUCAGAGGUACUCUGAACAGAGAUUUCGUGAUGAUUCAAGGUUUGAUGAUAGGAGGUAUGGUGAAAAUUCAAGGUACGAUAAUGAGCCAAGGUACUCUGAGAAUUCAAGGCGUUAUGGCAGACACCGGGAAAAUAGUGGCGAUGAUUGGCACUCAGAAAACAGGUCACGUCACAGAGAGGAGAGGUACCGUGGUACGUCCAGGUACUCGGAUGAUGAAGCCAAGUAUGGAGAAAGCUCAGUUAGAUGGGACAAACCAGUUACGGCUUAUGGAGAAAUGGAGGAAGAGGAAGAUGAUGAUGAUGAAGAGGAAUCGAAAGGAGAUGUUGUUGAACCUCCAAGAAUUCAAAAUGUUUUCCAGAAUGAUGGCAGCUUUUUGGAAAUGUUUAAGAAGAUGCAAGAAGCCAAUAAACCACCAGAUGUUAAGGAAACUGAGGAGACAGGACAGAGUGCUGAGAGCAGUGUACCUGCUACAGCAAGUUCUCCAGAGACAACUGCACCAUCUGUUGGUUUGAAAAGACCAACUGCGUCCCUUGUUGGAAAACGCCGUGGUGGUAGAGUGCUCCCUACAGGAAUGGUGAAAAAAGUAAGGAAGGUGGAGGAAGUGGAAGAAGAACCACCAAAAGAUGCAUGGUCCCUUUAUAUGGCUGAAGUGCGCAAAUAUAAGGAAGCCUCGUGUGAAGAAGAGGGAAAAACAAGGCCACUUGUUAAAUAAAAUGAAGGACUUUUAAUAAUUUUGUUUAAUAGGUGCGAAAAGAGAUCAACAUAAUUUGAAAGAAUACUUUUUUCUGGAGAAUAGGUACAGUCUCUUCUCGCAGUAAUAACUCUGAAGAUUAAAAUUUCUGCAUUUAUUUAUGUUGUGAUGUGUACUUUUGUCAAGUAUUUAGUUAUAGGAUUAUUUCUGAGUGAGACUGAAUGAGGUAGACACUGACAGUGUGUUUAGUGCUGUGGUGAUGUGGGGGAAUGCCUCAAGUGACCAAAAAGACUCUGCCACUGGCUGCUUGUAAAUAAGAAAUAUUUUUGAAUCUACAGCAUAGUAGUAAUGCCUUCUUAGGGAACUUCUCUACAAUGCGAAGCAAUUUAUAGCUAUAAACAAAUUAGUUUAGUGGACACAGCAAUGAACUGUCAUCAAAGAAAAAAAGUACUGUUAUGUGAGAGGAUGCUUUAUUGUUGAUGUUGAAACUUUCUGGUGUUGUGUUUUGGCUGUUAUUUCCAGGGUCCUGAAAA